CUCCCUCCACCGCCCGCCAUGCUGCCCACGCCUGCCCGCUCCGGCCUCUCGCUCCUCGUCGGCGUCAAGCGCUGUGUCGACUAUGCCGUCAAGAUCCGCAUCCGUCCCGACGGCAAGGGCGUCGACACCAACGUCAAGAACAGCAUGAACCCGUUCGACGAGAUCGCCGUCGAGGAGGCCGUGCGCCUGCGCGAGAAGCACAAGGGCGACGUGUCGCGCAUCGCCGCCGUCUCGAUCGGCCCGGCCAAGGCGGCAGACGUGCUGCGCACGGCGCUCGCCAUGGGUGCCGACGACGCCAUUCACGUCGAGAUCCCCGCCGACACGGUCAUCGAGCCGCUCGGCGUGUCGAAGAUCCUGGCUGCCAUCACUAAGGCCGAGAUGGAGAAGGGCCCGGACGACGAGGCAUGGGCGUGGACGAUGGGCAAGCAGGCCAUCGACGACGAUGCGUCGCAGACGGGCCAGAUGCUCGCGGCGCACCUCGACUGGCCGCAGGCGACGUUUGCCAGCAAGCUCGAGUUCAAGGGCGGCUUCAAGAAGGGGGAGAAGGUCGAGGUGACGCGUGAGAUCGACGGCGGCCUCGCCACGAUGGAGACGACGCUGCCCUUCGUCCUCACCACCGACCUGCGCCUCAACGAGCCGCGCUACGCCUCGCUGCCCAACAUUAUGAAGGCCAAGAAGAAGCCGCUGAAGAAGGUCACGCUCAAGGACCUCGGCCUUGAGAACGAGAUCUCGCCCCGCCUGGAGACGCUGGAGGUCAAGGAGCCGCCGAAGCGGCAGGGUGGCAUCAAGGUCGAGAAUGUGGACGAGCUCAUCGCCAAGCUCAAGGAGAGCGGCCGCAUCUAGAGUGCCGCAGUCGCCGCUGCGCACACAGCCUUCUACGCUCCAUCUGAGUGCGCUAAUUCUCGCCUCAGACGCACGGCAUCGUACACCUAGCAGCA